UUUAUUCUUAGUCUGUGUAUCUUUGAUAAAAAGCAUACGUUGAAACUCUGAAAGAACGAAAUACAAAAUACUGAAGAUAUCCAAAUGAACCAUUUCCUCACUGCACAAGAAACAGACCAAAUUGUGUCUAACAUGCAACUUGCUGAAAUGAAAAACGCCGUUAUAAAACAUAUGUAUUUUGCUGCGGCUGUUAAGCACAAGUUUGCUCAAAAAGACAAGCUGAAUAAAUGCAAUCCAGAGGUUAAAAGUACUGACCUGUCCAGAGGCAAAUGGUAUUUACUUGAAGGAUUAGUGGAAGAGUAUUUAUUUCCUGAUGUAAUCACAGAACUUGCUGCUGGUCAAAGGAACUCUACACCUCCCGUGCAACUUCUUCAUUCUCUUCUAGAAUAUGUCUUACUGGGAAAUACCGAUGCAGUAUUUUAUGCUAAACUUCAUCAUGUGUUGUACCUUGUUCUCCAACGUGAUCCUCCUUGGAAGUCUCCCUCUAUGUUGAAGUAUUAUAUGGAUCUUCUUCAGUGUCCUAUCUGUAAGAAAGGCACAUGGGCCUUGAUAGAGAUGCUUGUAAGGUCUUGCCUUUAUUGCAAAACCAUUUGUCAUGCAGUCCCAGUCUCAGAGAGAGGAGAUGAACAGAGGAUAGUUCACAAAACAUUAUUGAAGUUUUUCUUUGAUUUAGUAAGAGCUGAAGUAGAGUUUCUGACAAAAAGUUUGGUUGAAGGGACCAAUUCACAGCAUCAGCAAGUCAUGCCACAGACAGUUCUUCUGAAGACCUUUUGGCUGGGAAGCGAAACCUCAGUGCUUUUUACCAAACACAUAAAUAUUCUAGCAGAUUGGGUCAUACUUUCCCAUAGAGAAUUGAACAGAAAAAAUGAUGCUUUUAGGUGUGAAGUAGCUGGUCUAUUAAAUGCAAUUCUUGGAACUGUAGUGGAAUAUUGGAUCAUCUCAAGUUUGCUUAUGGACAGAAAUGUGUUUCAUCAAAUAGGUGAUGAUUUGGCACAGUACCUUGCCAUUUCAUGUGAUGAUUUUUCGAUAUGUGAAUUAAAAAUGUUCAUUUGUUCCAUACCAUCCCUCUGGCUUCAAAUGUUUGUCGCAGAAGCAGUUUUUAAAAAAAUGUGUUUACAGAGGAGUAUAACUAUUUCUACAGAACCUCUUUCUCUUCAGAAAAUAGUCUGUUCCUAUUCGCCUGCUUUGCGAGAAGUAGGGAUGCAUGAGACAAGAAAGAUAGACCAAGCAACGAAAAAGAAAAUAGGGCAAUGGCCAUGCCCUGAGUCUCAAAGGGCAUUACAGAUGCUAAAUGGCGAUAAGCAGAACGAAGUCAAAGUGCUGCCUGAUCUACCUGACUUAAUCUGUAAUAAGUGCCCUCCAUUGACAAAGAAGCUUAGACCAAAAGCAGAAGUUGAGGCUGCAUACACCAAAGAGAAUUGCUACCGUUUGGCUGAAGAGGUACAUCUUUACAGGAGAAAUAUUAAAGGAGAGACAGCCCUGCAUAAAGCUUGCAUAAGUAACAAAGUGGAGAGAUUGAUUCAGCUUCUGUCUUCCCCUGGAACAGACAUUAAUGUUAAAGACUAUGCUGGCUGGACGCCUUUGCAUGAAGCCUGUAACCAUGGCAGCACAGUGUGUGUCCGCGAAAUUUUGCAACGCUGUCCAGAGGUAGACCUGCUCAGUCAAGUGGACGGGGUGACUCCUUUGCAUGAUGCACUGUCAAAUGGACAUGUAGAAAUUGGCAAGCUGCUACUUCAGCAUGGGGGACCAGUCCUUCUACAGCAGAGGGACUCCAGUGGAAAAUUGCCACUGGAUUAUGUUGAGUCUGUACCAGUAAAGGAAGAACUUUUGAAUGUUGCUCAUCCAGAAGAGAACAUUGAAAGCUUCUAUGAACGCACAGAACAAGAUUUUUGCAGUCAGCAGAGAGAACUGUGGUUGAUUUUAUUUAAUAAGAUGCUGCUGAAUUUUUGCUCAGUUUAUAAUCUGUCUUCACCCUUUACUUUAACUCUCAGAGAGGUAGCUUGUUCAAGUGUACUUCCAGUAAUGGCUUGUGAUAACUGCAAGAUGAAAAAUACAUUUUCUGCAGAUUGGUUAGUGGAUACAUAUUUUAAAGAGCUAGAAACUUUUCAAAAGCUACCACAGUUUCUUCAAGAACUAUCUGCAAACAUGUUUUUUUUCCCUGGAGAACAGAGGAAGGCUUUAUUAGCAACUCUGGAAACUAUGGUAGAGGCAUAUCAGCUCUUUACUUAAAUCUUUUUAACAGUUAGCUUCCAAACAAGCCGCAUUGAUUGAAUCUUGACUGUUAACCCUUGGCGUUGGGCUAACUUGUCUUCUGGCAACUAAAGAAGUACAAAUUUCACAGCCCUACACGAGCCCUACAUGUUAGUAUCUUCCACAUUGUUAAUACUUUCCUCUAGCAGGACCUGGAAGUCAGAUGCAUUGAUUCAGUGCACUUUUUAGGCAAAAUUUUUCGAAUACCAAUGCCUUCUAGUUGUCUGACAGAUCUGGAUGCCUGUGACCAGCUCAGGAGGGUGCUAUAUCAUUUGCACUAAGUUAAACUUUGUAUUUUCUGUCCUGGAAAUCUUUGCUACCCAUCUCACGCCAUAGUUCACCUUGGUUUCCAGAGGUAGUGAGCCUAAAGUUAAACUGAGUUGAAAGACUGCAGCAAGCAGUUUUUCCUUGAGUAAGGCUUGUGCCUACAUAGUUUAAUGUCUUUUAAUAAAACUGAUAUUAUAAAUACCUGUCAUUAAACAAAAGCAUACGGAAAAGCAAAUUCCUUCUAUCCAUUUUUGUCUUACUUGUCUUGUAAAAAUUAAAAUUACGUUGUGUAAAUUAAAUACAUCUUGUAAAAUUCAAAACAGAAGGUAGUAUAUCAGUAUGUACAGAAUCAGUGUACUAGCAUUUCCCACAUCUUUGUUAUUUUGAUAGAAAUGGUCACACAAAGGCAUGUGGAAAAUCAUUCUCCCUCGUCAGCACCGCAGUGCUCAUGGUCACGUUCAUUUGUGGAGGGACUGACUUGAGGAAGCUGGCCCAGGUACCCGGGUGAUUUGCAAAACUCCAGUGGGUACCACUGAUGGGAGCUUUAGAGCGAUCAACUCAUCUUGCUGCUUCCCAGGACAGUGAUGCUGCGAAGGACCGAAUCUACCCUCAGCACAACUUACAGUGUCCUUGGCUCUGCUCUAACUCAUGUUGGCUUGCAGUGGUUUGAUAAAUCCAUUACGCGGGCAGUGUAUAAAAUGAUCUGGUAACACUCCUUGGAUUCCCUCAACUAAAGACGCUGGUGGAAGCAGUAGCACAAAUCUAGUUACGUUGGCCAGGGAAUUUACAAAGGAUUAGACAAGACAGUUUAAGUAUGUACUGGGCAUCAGAUUCUGACACUAAGUAUGGAUCUCCUUAAAAAUUACACCCCAUUUAAUAUGAGAAUUUUGUUCUCCAUUCUGUGAAUACAUGCAAACUACACAUGAUAAAUCCUCUAAACUAAUCCUCUAACCUAAUUUAGGAUUGUGUGCUACAUAUUCUAUCAGAUGGUCCUUUUAAUUAAUUAAGAAAAAGAGAAAAUCCUGUGCUGUUCUUUAAAGGUAUUGAGGCUUGUGAGGCAGCUGAACUACAUAAUUGUGCUGCAUGGCGUUGGGGAUGCGGAGGAGUUACGUGUUUUAGAGAGCCCUUAUUGCACAUUUAUACAGCAACAACUACCCUUCCUGCCUUGCGUCUUUGUAGAGAUCCGGUGCCAAAUUCAUUUCAGACUAGGGUCUGGGAAGAGAGACCCCUCUGAGGGAAGUUUAUCCCUUCCAAGGGAAGAGAAGGAAGUGCUGCUUUAGAAUGAGGAUACCUGAUUGUUUUCUAACAGAUUCAGUCGUAGAUCAGGAGUAAUUUAAAAUCUUAGCCUUCAGAAGGAAGGUACUAAUUAGCAACGUUUCCAAUUCUUCCGUCAUAGCAAUUUAUAAUAUUAAAAGAAGAACCCUAAAAGAAAGAAUAUGGAUAAUAGCUGCUUCUGAAAUUGAUGUUGCUUGACUAGAGGGAAUAAGUUACAUUGAUGUAGCUGGCUUGCAGCACAUUAAAACUUCCAUUUAGCCUUUCUGCAGCUGAGAUAUGUGAUCUCAUAGCAAUCCACUGAAGAUGCUCAAACUGAGUUGGUCUUGGAACCAGACCUUCAUUACAAAUGUUCAGUGUUUAUUAAUGACUGAUUAUUAUUUUUAUACAUGCAUGGAGAACAGCCUGCUCUAGUAGAAUAAAGAAUCAGCGCAUAUUGGAUUUGUUUCUGUGCACUUUUUAUUUUUCUCUAGUGAGAAAGCAACACCAAAAAAACCUUUGUUGUAUAUGAGAGGGACUAAUAAACAUUAGUAUUCCCUGUUGCAGGACGUGAUGAAAGAAAUGCUACGUACAUACUUUCUAAAGAAUGCAAAAUACGCAUUUAAGUUGGCAAUAUUAACAUUUUCUUUAGUCAUGAAUUUGGUAGGUAAUUGGGAAUUUAAAAUAAUUGGGACUCAGAGAACCACAGAAGAAGAAUUCUGGUGGAUCUGGAAAAGCAAAUGCUUGAGAAUAUUCAUAUCUGUUCCUCAUAUAGUACCUUAGUGACUGGAAUGAGAGCAGGAAAAGGAUUAUUUUGGUCUGAUAAAGAGAGUGAUUCUGCUUAUAUAUCCAAGAUAUCCCCACAAUUAUUUGCUAUUAUGUCAUUUAGACAGGGGAAAAAGCACAUCAAUCAUUUGUAAGUCCUACUUACCUAUUUAAACUAAUUUCAAGUACAUCUCUCCAAGAUACUGUAAAGAAAAGUAGAUAACAUACGCUAAAUGAACAUUAUUAACAUUGCAAAAUGAAACAUUCAAAAGUUAGCAAAUGUCUGAAUUAACAUUCCACAUGUAGCCCCAACUUAAAUAUUGUCUGUGUGCAUCGUCAGUCUUUAAUUAUAUGGUGACACAAUUUUGUUCUCUCGAAUGUUCUCUCAGCUUAAGGAUCAUAUACUGAGAAUUUUCCUGUUAUUUCCCAGUUAUGCUCUUAACAGAGUUCAGUUUUAUACAUACUCAAGUUUGCAAACUUCAUAUCCUUAAAAAAUCUUAAGUAUAUCUCAGUCAUAUUUAACAUAAAAUUAUGUGCUUCAUCUAAUUUAUUAGAGUACCUGUUCUCUUUCAGAAUAGCAAAACUUUCCUGUUAAAUCAU